GAUCUUGAACAGCUGAUUUCCCGCUGACUGCUUUGACUUUGAAGAGUGGCGCUCUCGAUUGUAGAAUGAGCAGUUUUACGCGCUUGUUCCAUAGGUAAUGUGAUUAAAUUUUAUUAAUUUUUUGACGAGACGCGACGUGGACAUUUUUCAACGAGCUGAUUUGUUUUGUGCACGAUAGUUUUUUGACAAUGCUUUUUACUGACGAUUUGAACGAUUUUCGCGCCUCUCAGCCGAAAUCGUGAGUGCUGUGCAGUGUUGUGGUUAUUUAUGGAUUAUUUAUUAUUACUGAACUUCUUUCAUAGCUGGAAGAUAUUGAGAUGAUCCACAGAUGUGGCUUUCGAAAAGUCACUAGAACACCUUCAAACUAUGAACCAAGCGUGUUCGGUUCAGAUGUCUCCAUCUCCAAUUCCUAUGAUCGUUCGCGUUUUUGGAGAUGGAGCAUCUACUGACGUUCCGGUCACUCCGGAAACAACAACAUCUGAUGUUAUCGAGUGCUGCCGAGAUCCAGGAGAAGAAACUUGUGACCUGUUUGCAGUUUGUCCUGAUCACGGAGAGUGCCCCCUUGGCAAAUUUGAUCAUCCUUUGGAGGUUCUCCAGAGAUGGGGUUCUGGCCGUCUAGUUCUUCGUUACACCGUUCUCAGUGCAAAUG